UCAAGUCCGGCCAAGUGGGACGGUGGCUGCAAGGACGGCUGUCUGUCCAAGUUCCCCGCCUACGUUGGGGACCCCUACAUGGAUCAGUAUAGGCUCAUGAUGCAGAGGCUCAAGAAGACGCCAGAGGAGCAACAGCUACGACCCUGGGUGCCACAGCCUCCCACCGCGGUGGAAAUACCGACACCCUCGGUGGUUAACCGCAAUAUUGACCUGGCAAUCAACGCAAAGACACGCAAGAAGCGUCUGCAUGUGAUGCCCUUCUGCAAAAAGAAGUAA